AUGCGAGUUCUGGUGGAGUUUUCCAACGAUAGCUACGGUCAUUAUUACCCGAGUUUCAAACCCGAAACGACUCUGGUUGGAGAGGGAUCAUGGGAUGAGAGCGAGCAUCAGCUUUGUAUUGUUGCUUGCCGAUUUUUGGGCUUCAACGAAACUUUUGCUAAUGCCCGUGUGGGUGAUUGUUCAACAAGAUUGAGCUUCAGGUUUCCUGCAAUCUGGUCAAUCAAAGAUGCUAGUGACAUUGCGGGGCAGGUUUGGACAAACAAAACCGUGAAAGAGUUGAGUUACUUCGACAGGAUCAUGCUUCGAAGCUCUCGAAAUAAUAGGGUUGGGGUUCCUGACUUGAAGUAUGAGUAUACCAAAAUUAAUACUGCCAUGAAGUUGUGCCCCAAGUCUGAGAAACCUGCUAAAGCCAAUAGGGAAAGAUACCCAAGUGGGCACUCUGAUGUCAUGAGAUUAUACAUGUCGGUGAAAAAUUCUACUUCUACAGGUCGUAUUGCAUGGGGUGAUUCAGUUCCGAUAUCCAUUGGCGAUCAGUUUUACUCAAGCUCCGAAGGCUCUGUAGUGCCAGCAGGUUCCAGCGGCCGUGGCUCAGUCAAUAUCAGCUGCAGUAUAGGCCUUAGUUCAACAACUGGGAUCUCUCCCUUCAACAGUACAUCUUCAACAUCAUACGAGGUGUUGGAGAUUUUAGCUGAAGGCACGUACGAUGAUGAAACCGGAAACAUGUGUAUGGUAGGCUGCCGAAAUCUUGGCUCAGAAAAUCAAAUACCAAGACCUGGUUCUUGGGAUUGUGAGAUUCUAGUCAAAUUUCAUUUUCCUCCCGUUAAUUCAAAGAAGGCAGGUUACAUCAAGGGAAGCAUUAGUAGCACAAGGGAAAAAUCUGAUCCUCUUUACUUUGAACGUUUAGACUCGAGUUCAUAUAAUUUUUACGAGGAUGGAUCUUCCAUUUGGAGGAUGGAUGUGGAGAUUAUGAUGGCACUUAUAUCCAGCACACUGUCAUGCGUUUUUGUGGUACUACAAAUCUUUCAUGUGAAUAGGCACCCGGAUGUGAUUCCCUUCAUGCUAUCAAUUCUUACUUUUGGCCAGUUAAUACCUCUCGUGCUUAACUUUGAAGCCCUGUUCGUGAGAAAUCCAAGGAGGAACAUGUGGCUUGAAACCAGAGGAUGGGUCGAAGCAAAUGAGGUAAUUGUAAGAAUCACUGGAAUGGUAGCUUUGUUAUUAAAAUUCCGUCUUCUACAAAAAACAUGGUCAACAAAAGGGAGCACUGGGAAUCAAAGGGGCACUUGGGUUGUGGAGAAGAAAGCUUUCCUUGUUGCUUUACCAAUAUACGUGAUGGGCGCCUUGAUUGCUGUGGCGAUGAACUGGUGGGAUGAAGAUCAUGAUAAUGACCCUGUGAUGUUUGCUGCUUCCCCUAUAACUCAUCGACCCCAUUCUCUUUGGGAGGACUUGAAAUCUUAUGCUGGUUUGGUCUUGGAUGGUUUUCUCUUGCCUCAAAUACUGCUCAACAUGUUCUGGAACUCAACAAAGAGUGCUCUGUGUUGUUCAUUCUACAUUGGAAACACUUUUCUCCGGUUCCUACCACAUGCAUAUGAUGUUUACAGGGCCCACAACUAUGCUCCCGAUUAUGCUGGGACAUACAUAUAUGCAGAUCCUUCGUCUGGUUUUUACUCCACUGCUUGGGAUGUGAUUAUCCCACUUGUUGGUUUGGUUUUUGCCUUGAUCGUUUACCUGCAGCAGCGGUUCGGUGGUUUGCUAGAGGGAUGGAAUUCAGGAUAUGAGAAGGUGCCAGUGAUCAGUGAUGCCUGA